AUGAUGGUAUCUAUCGAAAAUGUACAGCAAAGCCCGAACACUGUUGGCAGGAAUGAGUCUCGGCCCCCACAUCCCCCCAAAAAAUACCUGUGGGUACCAGUGAACCUGAAAGACCCAAAGCUACAAAAUGAGGCGAGUUUUGGACGCACACAGUCAUUCCUCAAGUCUGAAGGACAUCGUCUGCGCAAGGCCAAACAACUUGAGAAGUUGAGAGCAUCCAUUCGGUCUUUGCCAGCCCAAUCAAGUAAGCUUUACGCUACGGAUCAAGAGCGAGAGUUUAAUGACACGCGUCAGAGCAAGAGCGACCAGGCUGGAUUGGUGGUCCAAGUUGAUCAAGCCUUUGGGAUUGGUGUCCAAGUGGCCUUUCCUUCAUUCAGUAUCCCGACAAGUACCAGUUUAGACUUCUAUCUCAAAUACUCAUCAAAAGAUCUCCCAGCACUGAUGCUGGUUCUACUGGCGUCUGCUGCGUCAUCAAGAGCUGCAAGCCUCCUCCCUAGAAGCGAUUCUGUAAUGGAAGUGAAACAGCUCAUGCAGGAUUCCUUAAAAAUGAGAGCUCAAGCAAUCAAGUCAUUACAAGUGGAAUUCAAUGGAGGCUUGGGAUCAGAUAAAGAGGCGCUACUCUUGACUGUUGCUCUCCUUCUUGGCUUAGAGGCCGCAGAAGGCAACUUGAAAGCCGCUAUGGCACAUGCUAAUGGCCUGAAAAUGAUGGUCGCGAUGCUAGAGCAGUUAGAAGAUACCGGUGCUGUCAGCCACUGGCACGAUAUACACUCCCUCAUGCACUUUGCUGAUGUUAUGCUCGGAAUGAUUUCCGAUUCCCCUGCUCUCUUUUAUGCUACCCCGGAGUGGGAAAGAAGAGCCAUAGCCAAUUUCACCCCACCAAUGAUGGACGAAUAUUUGACCGGACCUCCUAGUAUUCUAGGGAUGGCAUUUUUCACCUCACCCUGGACUGAUACUAUACCUGCUGAAUUGAAGGACAUCAUUCAGUCACUCCAAAAGCUCAUUCCCCACCAUGAGCGAAGCCUUCGUCUAGGAAAUCUCUCAAGCAUAAUAGAGAAUGACUUCCUAAUAAUGCUGGCUCGGCAACUGUUGAUAGUGCCUUUGAACAUUCGCUUGGAUCCUUUCCAAGAAACCAUUCGGUUCUCGAUCUUCAUCUACUUCGUGACCCGUCUCUGGUCGUUUGAAACUUUUCUUUUCUUCCCGAGAAAGGGCGAUGUUGCAAGAGAUAUAUGGGUUAAGGCACAAAGCAUCGAAAGGAAUAGUAUCCUAACUGGAGGUGGGAAAUUCUACCCAGGUCUCUAA